CGUUUAGGGGUGAAAUACGCUUCCUGCAUUAUACAAAUCCUUAAAUGAAUGUGUUCAAAAUCUGGAGGACGAAAUUCGUAAAUGUGAAGAACAGCUAGCAAGUGUCACUGAUAUGGUUUAUUAAAAUCAAAGAGACAAUAAAAUGAACUUCACGAAGUGACUUCUGACUGGCACCUUCUAAAUUAUUUAAGAUGACUGAUGAUCCUUAACUGACGGUGCCAAUCUAGGAUCUCUUCUUAGUGCUAGCUUCUCCCUCAGCUGACGGCAUCGGUCCAAAUCUGUAUUUAGCGCCGGCCCGGGUCCCCCAAUCCAAUGAUUAUCCUUAAACUGACGGUGCCAAUCUAGGAUUUCUUCUUAAUGCUAGCUUCUCCCUCAGCUGACGGCAUCGGUCCAAAUCUGUAUUUAGCGCCGGCACUGACGGUGCCAAUCUAGGAUCUCUUCUUAGUGCUAGCUUCUCCCUCUGCUGACGGCAUCGGUCCAAAUCUGUGUUUAGCGCCAGCCCGGGCUCCCCAAUCCAGUCAAUUCCACUAGCCAUCACGGUGCUAUCAGAAGCUGAAGGGCGGCAUUUCACAAUACUGCAGGUGAAAGACCUACUCUAUCGUGUGCCUCAUCGCGAGUAUAAACAAACCAACCGCUCCUACUCCACACGGAGAUCCUGCUUGGUAUCCUCUUUGUAAGCUCCUCCCUCUAGGACUAAGGUUGACGUAGAAUUAACAGCUGAGAAAGAGGCAGAACAGGCGUCCGUGACCGCAUACGGUAGCUUAAGUGCAGUUUAUGUUUCUGCCUCUGGUUAGAUGCUUGUUGAGUUUUUAUUUUUUAUCCGUGAAUUUUUUGUUGUGGAAAAAAUUAGUUAUGAUUGAAAGUUAUAUUAGUUUAGGAGUAAUUACAAUUUUAUAAGCAUGAUGAAUUCAAACAGGAGCGAAAGCGAUUGGCAAGGCCUGGUAAAUGAGUAUUUGGUAUGUAAACGGAAACUAGAGAGUAAAAAGGAGGCCUUGCUUAUCCUCUCCAAAGAGUUGGACACAUGCCAGCAAGAGCGGGACCAGUACAAACUGAUGGCCAAUCAACUGCGAGAACGGCAUCAAUCUCUGAAGAAAAAAUACAGAGAGCUAAUUGAUGGAGAUCCAACACUUCCCCCACAAAAAAGGAACCAGGUUAAUCUGGCUCAGUUACUGGGAAGUUCUAGAGAACGAAGUAAACAGCUUGCUGAAGAAGUGAAAGAACUGCAGCAGAGACUAGCAGAAUCUCAGGGAGAUAAUAAGCUUCUCAGAAUGGCUAUAGCCAAACAAAGAGUUGGUGAUGAUGAGGUUGGUGUGCGCCAUUUUGCUGCUCAUGAACGUGAAGACCUUGUUCAGCAGCUUGAGAAAGCACGAGAGCAGAUCGAAUCUCUUGAACAUGAACUUCAAGCAACAAUUGAUGAGCUUCAGGAUCUUAAAACAGAGCGUGACUUCUAUCAAGAAAAAGGCGAGCGACUGAACCAAGAACUGAAUCAUAUCCUGGGAGGGCAUGAAAACCGCAUCGUUGAUAUAGAUGCUCUCUGCAUGGAGAAUAAGUACCUGCAUGAGAGGUUAAAGCAGCUACAGGAAGAAGUCACCCUUCUCAAAAACAACAUUUCAAAAUAUAAGAGUGCUCUUGAGCGAAGAAAGAAUUCUAAGACGAACAGUCGUUCAAGCAGUAGUGUCUUAACAGGGGUUCUUUCUGCAAAGCAAGUACAAGAUUUGCUAUCUGAGGAUCAAGGCUGUAGCUUACCAGCUACCCCACAGUCUAUUUCAGAUUUGAAAUCCCUAGCAACAGCUCUCUUAGAAACUAUUCAUGAAAAAAACAUGGUGAUACAGCAUCAAAGACAGACUAACAAAAUUUUAGGAAAUCGGGUUGCAGAAUUAGAAAAGAAACUGAAAACUUUGGAAGUUUCUGGCUUGUGGAGUCUUCCAGGCUUGAGCUACAAUAUCUCAAUAGGAUAUGGCAGAGGGAAGGAUACCAUAGCAUUGAAUGAUCCUGCAUUUACAUUGACUCCAAGACCAAAGUCGCCACUUAGGCCUUUAAAUGAGAAACAGUUGAAGAAUUCAUUAAUCUGUGAAGGAGAAAAAAGUAAAGCAUUGUCAGCCGAUCCUGUGCUUCCUAUAAUUCUGAGUCCAGAUUCUCCAAAUAUUCUGCCUUUCCUUAACAUAAACAUGCCAGAAAAUGUACAGAAUUAUGAAGGAUGUUUGAAGAAAGAGCUUACUAGCCAUCUGGAAUCAGAUUUUAGUAUAAAAAAUGGAUCUACUAAUACUGCUAACUCAGAAGCAAGUCAAGAUGGCAUUGAUAGAGACAACAUACCUGUCCUUUUAGAAGACACCCCACUAACAGUGUUGACCAACACAUCAUCAUCGUUGUAUUCAUCUCAGCCAUGUGCAGACAAGGAUGAACUGCAUAGACUGGAGGCAAAAGUAGUCAAAAUAACUGAGGGCCUGUCAGCUACUGAACUGGAAGACAGUGAGCCAGAAAGUCCUGAGGAACAGCAUGGCACAACACUUCAACACGAUUGCAGCAGCUUGUCAGAGCCUGAGACUGCAGAGGACUGUUUGAAUUCUGAAAGCUUGCAAAUGUCCCAGACAAAACCAGAUGGACAAGCUGUUUUGCAAGAGACUGCUGAUGAUACACAGAGUCAGGAAUUAGAAGAAACUGCUGCUGAAGAUUCUUCAAGUAACAUCUCACUGUCCUCAACAGAGAAAGAUACAUGUGACACUGCAGAACAUAAAAAUGGCUAUUUUGAUGCAAGUAUUGCAUAAUAGGCUGAGACAAGUCAAUCUUCUGUCAAAUUGUUAUUUUGAAGUAGUAUUCUCUUUACUAAACUAAAAUGCAGAUAUAAGUUAACUAGAGCUGGGAAAGUGUCUGCUGAAGCAACAGUCUGCCUUUAGUUUAGUAUCCAUAAUGAGUCUGAGCAAUGGCCCUUAUAUCUGCUGCUGAAAUAAGUUUGCACUGCUUUUUUGUUUUGUUUGUUUGUUUCAUUAACUGUAUUUUUGAGUCCUCUGAUCUUGUGAUUUAAGAAUGCUAUUUAACAUCUCUGUAUCCUCUUGGAGAACCUGCUGCUUCUUGUAUGCAGCUAACGUUGCAUUGUGGAUGUUUUACAGUUACAUGGUAGAUGUUAUUUUGUAGUCCAUUGCCUUUGUCUUUGUAGACUUUGCUCCAUUCUCUUCUCAUCCUCAAAAAAUAUUGUAUACCCUGAUAUACAGUGAAACAAAAACAUUUUAUAGGUGUCUCCCACAGGUUUCUGGAAUGCAUGCUCUGCAGAAGUUGUGACUCAUGGUUUACUAGCUGUAGAAUGAAUGUUUGCCAGUGCCCAGAUCUUUUAGGAAUGGCAGCAAACCACUGGAUGGGUAAGAUCUUCCCACACUAUCCACCUGGACUUGUUACUAGAGUUCAGUAGUCACCAGAAAGGAUAUUAUAAUUGAUUUUGGAGUUUCAGUUUAAAAUGACAGAAUUUAAAUGUAAGUUGUAAAAACUCUGUUAAAAUAUUUGAUAUCUGUUUUUUGGGGAGAUCAUCUUGUGCAUGUAGUGUUUAUUUCCUCCUAGUCUCUGCAACAUGGAGCUAAGCAAAAAAAAUGUUACCCAUUGUUUCAAAUAUUUGGUCUUGGAGUAACUUCAUUCUGAAUCCCAACACUUGGGCAUAAAUCCUUUUCUCCACCAGCAACAGGUACAGCAGACACCUGUCUUCUUGUACAUUAAUUAGUCCAGUUUAGGAUUUUUAUAUCCUUAUACCAAAAAAACUACAUGUAUAAUGUAGAUCAGUAUGUUGCUGUAGCAGAUCUGUACAGAGAGGUUAUAAAGAAACUAUACAUUUAGGGCAAGAAACAUUGCAGGGUCUCUCAAACUCUUGUGACACAGUUUUCAUGUUUUGUUUGUUAAUCUAUAGACAUUAUUACUGAAGGAAAAAUAAGUUUCUCCAUUAGUUAUGAACUGAAUUAAGACAUUAUGUUACAGUAGUCAUUAUGAUGUUUUAUGAGUCAGCAUCCAGUCUUCCAUUCUCGGGUAUCCUGAGAUUCACCAUUUAAGUUCUCAUCAGUGUUUUUAAAUGCCUUGUGAUAUUUUCAUACCCCUCAGCCUUUUUCAGUUUGUGCUGUUUUGAAACCUUUGUUAUGCUGUAAUAGAAAAAUGUGCCAUAAAUAUAUUCAGUGAAUGUACAACCCAUGAGAUUCAGAAUGUGACUUGGGUUAGAUGUUUUGGACCUCAGAUAAAACAUCUAUUUUUCAAUUUUGUUAAUUGAGUCUGCAAAAGGUCAAUAUUUGUAUCUUCUAUUUUGUAUAUACCUCUGUUUUUCACUGACUAAUAUGCCAAAGGCUUACAGUCAUUCCACUUAAGGAGUACUCUCUGCAACACUUAUUUAUCCGAUGCUAUAGUUUAGCUUUUGGCUAUUUUACUUUGCUUUUUUAACUGCACAUUUUCAUUGCAUUUGCUUUUGUUCACGAAGUCCACUUAGGACAAGUGCUUGUUUUCUUGAGUGAUGACCUGGGAAUCUCGACAAGUCAUUAUGACUUGCAGAGAGUUGUAUAGUAUGCAGACAGGGUAUGCAAUAACAACAUUUAGUUCAUUUUUGUCUUUAACCCAUUUUUUUUAACUGCCAAAUGCAAUAGUGCAGAUACAAUCUCUUUAUGCCCAGUUGAAAAUAUAAGAUUAUUUUUAGCACUGAAAGAUACAGUAAGAACUACAAAAAUAUUUGCUGGAGUCUUCUACAGUUCAGAUUUUUUUGUUUUAAAGUUGCAAACACCAAAAAAGGACUCAACAGAAAGAAAUGCAGUGGCUGAAACCAGAGAACUAAGUUGCACAACAUGGACAACCGAGAUACGAAAUAAGUAAGACUAAAGAGAAAUCAACACUAAUCUGUGAAAUGCUUACAGUUAAGUUGGACAGUCAAAGACUGGUCAAGUGACAUUGGUAGGAAUAACAGGGUGUAGGAGGGGAGAUGGAGGUUCACUUUCCAUUAAGAUAUGCAGAACCUAAUGGUCACAAUGCUAUAUAAAAAAAGCUCCAACUCCUUUAUUGUAGUACCAUAUUAUGAGCACUCCUUUAUUGCAAUACCAUACAGUAAGAUCUCCUUUACUUUAAUACCACACAGCUUCAUUGUUUUGGCAAAUUAGUAUUUAAUUGUGCUGUUUUCAUAAGUUGGUAUUUUUUAUUUCAUUUAUCCACUCACCUUCACCACCAUUAAACCAUGCCUGUUACUUU